ACACAUCAAUUAUAACUGAGGAGUUGAUUAGAUUUCAACGCAUAUUAAGUCCAUACAAGCUUAUCAUAAAACCCUUUAAAUUGUGUAUCAGUUCGAGGUUCUUCGUCUGUCAGGAUUCAGUUCUUCAUCCGUUUGUAUCCUGGAGGCAAAACCCUAGUUAUCCGAGCCAAUUCUACGGACCCGGUGGAAUUCAUUCACUUUAAAAUCAUGUUGAUCACCGGUAUACCCACAACAGAGCAACGGCUAAUUUACAAAGGGAAAACAGCUCCAGUGUGAACAAACUUUGUCAGACAGUGGCAUCCAAAACGACACGACUAUGCACCUCGCCAGUCGAAUGCCGUGGAACACAGAUCAUCCUCAGGCGUGGCAACUCAUCAAUGACUUAAUUGCAGAAAUCUCCGGUAUUUUGAAAAGCAAGUAUCCUUUUCCUUCGGACUCGAAUCGUAUAAUAAUGUUGCUCAAAUCGUAUUUUGUAUGAUUUGCUUCGUAUUUUUAAUGAUGUGCUAGACAAAAUGGAGUUGUGUUUAAAGAAAUUGGAAGACCAGUUGGUAUUAAAAGAGAAAGGAAAAGGCAAACCUAUUGUAUCCUGGUGGUGUCAGUAUCUUGUAAUUCUGAAGGAAUUAAAUAGCAUUUCAAAAUUGUUAAGCUUGGAGGGGUUUUGGCGGAAGAGGAGGCAAAGACAGGUUGCACUGUGCUCUUUGAUUAUGACAUUUGCGAAAAAAACUGACGAUUAUUGGUGGGUUAUUGAGCGCAAGGAGGUAACCAAUUUCGAGGUAAGGAGACAUUUCGCAACGAUGAUGCUUCAAGAAGUUAGAUACGGAAACCAGGUGAUGCAUGAGAUGCUCUUUGACAGGUCCCAGUUGUUGGAAGAAUCAUUUGAAUACAUUGGACAUGCGGACCCCGCAUUGCUGCGAGGCGGUCUAUUUAUGGGAUUCAAAUAUGAAGAAGCUACUGGGCCUGGUGUGUUGAGGGAGUGGUUUCUCUUAGUAUGUCGAGCGAUCUUCAAUCCUUAGAAUGCUCUUUUUGUUGCUUGCCCAAAUGACCGGAGAAGGUUUUUCCCAAAUCCAGUAUCUAAGGUGGAUCCAUUGCACCUUGAGUAUUUCUGCUUCUCUGGUAGGAUGAUUGCAUUGGCUUUAAUGCGUAAAAUACAAAUUGGCAUUGUGUUUGAAGGUGUGUUCUUUUUGCAUUUGGCUGGAGAGAAAAUUUCAUUGCAAGACAUUAAGGAUGCAGAUCCAUACUUGUACAGUAGCUGCAAGCAGAUACUGGAGAUGGAUCCUGAGAUGGUAGAAGAUACACUAAGCUUGACAUUUGUUUGUGAAGCUGAAGAGUUGGGGUCCAGGAAAGCGGUCGAGCUUUGUCCCAACGGGGAAGAUAUUGUUGUGAACAGUAAGAAUAGGAAGGAGUAUGUUAAUCUUCUUAUUCAACAUCGGCUUGUCACAUCAAUUGCUCAGCAGAUAGCCCACUUUUCUCAAGGUUUUGCUGAUAUAACUACCUUAAGUCUCAAAAUUUCCUUGUUUCGGAGUUUAGACCUUGAAGAUCUUGACCAGAUGCUUGAUGGGAGUGGAAGUGCUGUUUCUGUGGAAGAUUGGAAAGCACAUACAGAUUACAAUGGCUACAAAGAAAGCAAUCCUCAAAUAUCCUGGUUCUGGAAGAUAGUUGGGCGUAUGUCUGCUGAGCAGAGAAAGGUGCUCCUUUUCUUCUGGACGUCAAUUAAGUAUCUACCUCUAGAGGGUUUUGGUGGUUUGGCUUCUAGACCUUACAUCUACAAAACCUCGGAAUCUUAUGAUCACUUGCCUUCUGCACAAACAUGCUUCUACCGCAUACGCUUUCCUCCUUAUCGAUCCAUGGCUAUGAUGCAAGAUCAACUCCACGUAAUCACCCAAGAGCAUGUUGGUUGCAGCUUUGGUACCUGGUGACACCUGUCAAUCUUGGGAUUAUAUUGAACUUGCACAUAAUCAGCUUGUACAUGAAGUAGGAUCAGCUUACCUAUUUAAAACUUCGACUUUUUAUGGUCUAUUAGAGUUUCACCUCAAUGCAUCACAAACUGACAAGUCUUCGACAAGUUAGAAUAACUAAUUGAACCUGGCUUACUUCGCGCUUUCUUUUUAUAGAAUAUAGAGGUAUAGGGUCUAUUAAUAUAUUAAAACAAAGAAGUUCCAGUCCA